CAUGAGAACUCUCUGCACACAAACAGCUGACAUUAGCAUGCAUGAGUGGGCGUGGUCUGUGUGGAGGCCCGCCCCCUCACCGAGGCUAUUACCCAGCCUGCUCGGUGUUGUCAGUAGUCCUCCAGCUGCAGGCAGAGACGGAUCAGUGUGGUAGACCCAGAGGAACCAGACAAAGCCUGCUCUCUCUCCUCUCCGGACCUGCUCUGGAUCUUUCUGGAAGCUUCUCUGCAGCUGUGCAUGUCCCGCACAGAGGAGGGGGCCACGCACGGAGCCGGGGGUCCCACCGAGAGUCAGAGACCCUGAGAGCCACAGACAGCAGCUCCCCGCCGGGAUGACCCUCUCACGGAGCUCCGCCCUUAGCCUGCUGCUGCUGCUCUGCGCCUGCGUACAGGUGUCGUCAGCUUCGGGACACUUCGAGCUCCAGGUUUUAUCCGUGCACAACGUUAAGGGACGGCUGCAGAGUGGCGCCUGCUGUGACGGAUCCCGGGACGUCCUGGAUCAGCGGUGCACGGCGGAUGAAUGCGACACCUACUUCCGGGUUUGUCUGAAGGAGUACCAGCUGAAGGUGUCGUCGGCCGGGCCCUGCAGCUUCGGCACCGCCUCUACGCCCGUCCUCGGUGGGAAUACUUUUACUGUAGGCGGCGGCGAGAGCGACAACGGCAGGAUCGUUCUGCCUUUCAGCUUCGCAUGGCCGAGGUCGUACACGUUGAUCCUAGAAGCUCUGGACUUCAACAAUGACUCUUCAUCUGGCAGCGUGAUUGAUAAGGCCAUCCAAUCAGGGAUGAUCAACCCGAGUCCUCGGUGGCAGAUUCUGAACCACGACGGCCGUGUGGCUCAGUUCAGCUUCCAGGUACGCCUCACCUGCGACGAGCACUACUACGGCUUCGGCUGCAACAAGUUCUGCCGACCCAGAGACGACUUCUUCGGACACUACGAGUGCGACCACAACGGAAACAAGACGUGCCAGGAGGGCUGGACCGGUCCGGACUGUAACACAGCCGUCUGCAGGCAGGGCUGCAGCUCCCAGCACGGAUCCUGUAAACUUCCUGGAGAGUGCAAGUGUCUGUACGGCUGGCAGGGAGAUUACUGUGACCAGUGUAUUCCUCACCCCGGCUGUGUCCAUGGCAGCUGUGUGGAGCCCUGGCAGUGUCUGUGUGACACCAACUAUGGAGGGCAGCUGUGUGACAAAGAUCUGAACACGUGUGCGACGCUGCAGCCUUGUCUGAACGGAGGAACCUGCAGCAACACGGGGCCGGAUAAAUAUCACUGCGCCUGUCCCGACGGAUUCUCUGGGGUCAACUGUCAGAGAGCGGACCACGCCUGUCUGUCUGACCCCUGUGUGAACGGAGGCGUCUGUUCUGAAACCAGUCUGGGUUUCGAGUGCCGCUGCCCGCCGGGAUGGAGCGGACCAUCCUGCUCCAUCAACGUGGACGACUGUGAGUCGAACCCCUGCAGCCAUGGCGGGACCUGUGAAGACCUGGUGAACGGUUUCCGGUGUUGGUGUCCUCCUCAGUGGAACGGGAAGACGUGUCUGAUCGAUGCUAACGAGUGUAGAGGCGACCCCUGUGUCCACGCCCACUCCUGCAGAAACCUGAUUGGAGGAUAUUUCUGCGAGUGCCUCCCUGGUUGGACGGGACAGAACUGUGACACCAAUAUCAACGACUGUCACGGCCAGUGUCAGAACGGAGCCACCUGUAAGGAUCUGGUGAACGGGUUUAAGUGCGUCUGCACUCGGGGUUUCAGCGGGGAACGCUGUGAGAAAGAUGUGGAUGAGUGCGCCAGCCAGUCAUGCCUGAACGGCGGCCGCUGUCACGACGAAGUCAAUGGCUUCCACUGCCUGUGUCCGCCUGGUUUCUCUGGGAGCCAAUGUCAGUGGGACAUUGACUACUGCCUCAACGCCCCAUGCCAAAAUGGCGGUCAGUGUUUCAACCGGGUGUCUGACUAUGUCUGCGAAUGUCCUGAAGAUUACGAGGGGAGGAACUGCUCCCGUCUGAAGGACCACUGCCGCUCCACGCCCUGCAAAGUGAUCGACAGCUGCACAAUCGCCGUGACGUCCAACAGCACGCCAGGAGGGGUGCGUUUGAUUUCGUCAAGUGUGUGCGGCCAACACGGGCGGUGUCAGAGUCACACUGGUGGACAGUUCAGCUGUGAGUGUGAGAGAGGAUUCAGCGGGACGUACUGCCACAAGAAUAUUAAUGACUGUGAGAGCGCCCCCUGUCUAAACGGAGGAACAUGCAUCGAUAAAGUCAGUCAGUUUGAGUGUAUCUGUGCUGACGGCUGGGAUGGAGCAACCUGCCAGAGCAACUUGGAUGACUGCAGCUCUUCUCCCUGCAUGAACGGCGGGGUUUGUCGAGAUCUUGUCAGUGAUUUCUACUGCGAGUGCAACGACGGCUGGAAGGGAAAGACCUGCAGCUCACGUGACAGUCAGUGUGACGAGUCGACCUGUUACAAUGGAGGAACGUGUUAUGAUGAAGGAGACGCCUUCUCGUGUCUGUGCGCCACCGGCUGGGAGGGCAGCAGCUGUAACCUGGCUCAGAACAGCAGCUGUACGCCGAGUCCCUGUGAGAAUGGAGGAACAUGCGUGGUGGACGGAGACAUGUUCAGCUGUGUCUGUAAAGAAGGCUGGGAGGGCGCCACCUGCAGCCACAAUACCGACGACUGCAGCUCCCAGCCCUGUUAUAACGGGGGGACGUGUUUGGACGGAGAGAACUGGUUUGGAUGUGAAUGUGCUGCGGGGUUUACUGGGCCGGACUGCAGGAUCAACAUCAACGAGUGCCAAUCAUCGCCCUGCAGCUCCGCCUCCACCUGUGUGGAUGAAAUCAACGGUUACCGCUGCAUCUGUCCUCCAGGGAGGAGCGGGCCUCACUGUCAGCAAGUGUCGGGGAGGCCGUGUGUGGUGGGGGGACUGGUCGCUGUAGAUGGGACCCACUGGGACGAAGACUGUAACAGCUGCAGCUGUAACGACGGGAGAGUCCACUGCACCAAGCUCUGGUGUGGACCUAAACCCUGCAGCGUCCAAGGUAGGACUCGAGGCUCCGAGUGUCCGUCUGGUCAGACCUGUGUCCCCGUCGGUGACGAGCGCUGCUUCGUGAAGCCCUGCCCGCUCCAAGGAGAGUGCUGGAGCCCCGCUCAUCAAGCCCCGCCCUCAGCCAGGUGUCACCUGGAGAGCAGCUGUGCCAACGUCACGUUCACCUUUAAGAAGGACGGCAUGGAGCGGGGCGUGACAGUGGAGCAGGUCUGUCGUGAGCUCAGGAGUCUCUACGUAAUCAAGAAUCUGUCCUCUGACUUGUCUGCGUCCAUGACGUGUGAGCCAUCGAUCGCCACCAGCAACGAGAUCCACGUCUCCAUCUGGACGGACCAGCGAGGGCGGGGUCUGAGCUUCGUCAAAGAAAUCACAGACAGGAUCAUGGAUCUGGUCAGCAAGAGGAGCGCCAACAGCUCCAUCAUCAGCGCCAUCGCCGAAGUCCGUGUCCAGCGCCGACAGAGCCACGACGCCAACGACCACCUCGUUCCCCUGCUGGUCUCCAUGCUGGUCUUCAUGUGGGCGUUGGCGGUGGUCUCUGUGUCGCUGUGGUGUGUGAAGAGGCGGAGGAAGCAGAGCGCCCACAUGGGGGUCAGCACACAGGGGGCGCUGUCUUCAUCUCUAACGCCGGCCGCUGAGGACAACAACGCUCUGCACAACAGCAUCAACACCGCCCGCGAGCAGCUCCGACACAUCAAGAACCCGAUAGAGAAACACCCGCCUACCUACAACCACCACCACAACCACCAAAACCACCACCACCAGCUCCUCCUGCAGCCCCGCCUCUGUGACGACAAGAACUCCAUCAACGCCAGGAUCAGGAAGUCAGACAGAGGCAGCCAAUCAGACGAGGACGAGAUGGACAAGCGGCUGCAGAAGUCGAGGUACCCUCGGGCGCCGCCGGCGUACUCGCUUGUAGACAGGGAGGACCGCCCCCCCCAUAAACCCCCCCACUGGAGCUGCAAACAGGACAACAGGCAGCUGCAGAACCGGACUGAAUACAUCGUAUAACCGCCGCGGCGAGCAGACUUUUGGUUCGUUUUUAUUCGUUCCCAUGUUUCUGGUGGAUUUUUAUGGUUUAAAUUAUUUUGACCAGUGCAUCGCUGCAGACGGGUGAAUCUACGGACUUUAACGCCUUUGUAAACCCUGGCAGCAGAACGGGACUCUGGUUCUAGACUGAUCUGGUGUUUCUCUGCACAGUUCUGGACAAACGUUCUUAUUUAUUUAUUUGUGGGGUAAAUUCCAGCCAACAUGGAGGAUGGUCCGUGUCGACGUGUACAGACGUGUAAAUAUUUCAUGUGUAUAUUUGAUAUUUUAACUUAAUCCUUCAGAGCCUUAUUCAGUCUCUAAUUAUUGACUUUUGUUCAGAGUUUGGCAGCUUUGUGAGCUCGGCGUCUUCAUGGAAAUAUUUCUGUUUUUUUCUUUACAUAUUCUGGGGGAUAGUUUACGUUGAGGCGUUUGUUUUUGGGCAUUCUCGUGCCUCAGAAAAAUGUUCAUUUUGUGCCUUUUGUUCAGGCUUUUUUGGUGCGUUUGCCAGAAUGUUCUGUAUACAUGUAAACAUAAAAAAGACCAGAUGUUCUUCUAUGAACCAUCAUGGUGGUGAACUUUUGCUACUGAGAGAAUUCUUCAUGGGACUGGAUGUUUCUGUAGUGUGUAUUUAGUAAAGUGUAAAAUGAGAUGGAAGCAGGCGUGGAUCCUGUUUCUGUGUGAUUGUACCUGUCUGAAUAAUUAAAGCAGUCCUGUGGAGAUUUAAAGUUGA